AUGCCACAUACCACCAUUGUACUGUAUGUGAAUCUUUGCACUCAACCAUGUGGUGGCCAAGUCCCGCUUCUGGUACUUUGUGUCACAGCUGAAGAAGAUGAAGAAGUGUUUGAGAAGUCACCCCUGCGUGUGAAGAACUUUGGCAUCUGGCUGCGCUACAAAUCCCGCAGUGGCACACACAACAUGUACUGGGAGUACCGGGACCUGACCACCACUGGUGUAGUCACACAAUGCUACCAAGACAAGGGUGCCAGACACCUUGCCCGCGCACACUCCAUCCAGAUCAUGAAGGUGGAAGAGACUGAAGCUGGCAAGUGCCGCCGGCCAGCUGUCAAGCAGUUCCACGACUCCAAGAUCAAGUUCCCAUUGCCCCACCGUGUGUUGAGGCACCAACACAAGCCAUGCUUCACCACCAAGAGGCCUAACACCUUCUUCUAG